UCUACUCCAAAGAAAUAUCAAGCUAGCAGGUUUUUCAAUUUUGUUAUGGGCCUCAACUUUCUUGGCUCAACUGUUUCCCAAUCUGUCUGCAUAAUUACAUCAUUAAAACACACACACCAAACACCUUUUAUAAUUUGGGCCAUAUUCUUAUGAACCUAACAACAUUUGUCAUAAUAUAUUAUUAACUUCAACAAGUUUUAACUCCAAGACCAAAAAUAAAUGUAAAGAGUAAUAGUCAAAGUUAGGUACACAGAAAACGCCAAGAUAUGAAAGACAAUGCCGACCAUGAUAAAUUUACAACUGAAUUAAGCUAGUAAGGGACCUUGGAUGAGCCACUGCAUUCUUGGACUGCAGCAUGAAGGUAAGUAGGAGCUACAUGAAGCUUUGUCUCUGAAUAACCUUCAGAUAUUUAUGAUAUGAUAAGAUGCAGAUGCAAAUAAGUGUGUCACCUCUUGGAUUGUAAAAGAGAAAGAUUUUACCUGCACAACUAACAGGUUUGCUAGGUUGAAGACUUUCCUCAUUCAUAUUAUUACAAAAUAUUUCCCUUGUAUGCAUGGAAAUGCAAGUCAGAAAUGGGGAUAAUGCUUGAUAAGUAUUUGAGUUUCUGCCAUUCAGAGCAUGUAAGUUCAUCUAAGAAGCUGUAUCCAUCAAUAAUUGAAGAGCUAUGCCCACAGUUCUCUCUUGAAGAUCUUAGGAAAUCAACCAACAACUUUGAUGCAAACCAUUUAACUGAAAUAUCAGCAUAUAAUAGAGUAUACAAAUGUUGUAUCAAACAUAAUGGUGCAAGUGAUUUCACAGUGGCAUUGAAGAGGUUGAAUCGCGAAACCGACCUAUGGAAGUUCAAGAAGGAAAUCGAAUUCCACUUCCAACUUCACCAUCCAAAUUUAGUCUCCCUUAUAGGAUUCUGCAACCACAAAGAUGAGAAGAUUCUUGUGUACGAACACAUGUCCAAUGGCUCUCUCUAUGAUUACCUAUGUUCCAAGAAUAUAGAAGAUUUGUCAUGGAAGAAAUUGUUAGAAAUAUGCAUUGGAGCAGCAAAAGGACUACACUAUCUUCACACAGGAACCAAGUGCCCCAUCUUUCACUGUGACAUGAAACCUCAUAACAUUCUUUUGGACAAAAACAUGGUACCUAAACUCUCACAUCUUGGAUUUUCCUUGCAGGGGCCACCUUUGAAUUCAAAACCAAAACCAGUAAAAGUUGACAUGGUUAUGGGUUCAGCUGGUUACAUAGCACCUGAGCAUGUCCUAACCAGAAUCUUCACAGAUAAAUGUGAUGUUUAUUCAUUUGGUAUGGUCCUAAUAGAAGUUGUAUCCACUACUUACAAGCACACCAUCUUUGACAAAAUCAUCAUGUUGGAGAGCUCAUCAGAUUUCUCUCUCGAUCCAUUUGAUUUAAUGAAUCCAUUCGUGGAUAUAUCUGAAAUGUUGGAGAGAUUCUCAGUUGAUGAGAUUAUUGAUCCAAUUCUGAUGAGAAAGAUAGCACCAGAAUGUUUGGCAGUAUUCAUAGAUGUCACAAAAAGAUGCUUGAGCAGAGAAGCAAAUGAAAGACCAAAUAUAGGUGAAGUAGAGGUUGAACUGGAGCUAGCACUAGCACUGCAAGAGGAGGCCGAUGACCGGAAUCAUGGUGGUGGCUGGUGAAUAUAAUUUUCUGUCCAUUUUUCUGCAGAAAACCUUUGUAAACAGUACUGCCAAACACACCUGGUCCAAUUAUCAAAGACUCAUUGAAGUUGCAAUUUUGCUGAUUGUUUCUCAGCAAAUGAAAAUUGGUGACAAAGUUCUUGUAUGGUGUUUGAAGGUUGUUUUGUUCCCCUUGGCCUUGGAUUACACCACAAGGAAAACAAACCCAUUAUUUGUGCUGUGUUUUUCCAAAAGCUUAAGCUGAUAGAAGGAGAUACGUAUGUUUAUAUUUCUAACACAUAGAUACCUUUAGGUUCCAAAUUCCAAUUGAGGUGUGCAAGCUUCAAAAUUGAGUGUAGGAAACCUUUUAGUCCAGUUCUUUCCCUGUGGAGACUCAAGAGUCAAGAGUGACUAUAACUAAUAACCUACUUUUUAAACCAUA